CCCAUUUCCAAUCGCCAUGCGGGAACAAGUUAUGUGGCCAAGAUUGGUAGCAAGUAAGAUAAUAAGCAAAAAGUUGGCUACCAGCAACUUUGUGGCCGACUUCCCCAGAAGCCCAGAAUCUUGCCUUCAUCUUCCAACAUCGGAUCAUGAUCCGGUGGCACCGGUCAUCUUGCCCGUGAACCAAACGACACAAAACUAUAAUAUUUUCGUUAGUACGUGGAAUGUUGGAGGUGUAACUCCCACGGAAGACUUGAAUAUCGACCAUCUUUUGGACACAAACAACACUUGCUGUCAUAUAUAUGUUCUUGGGUUUCAAGAAGUGGUUCCUCUAAAAGCCUCUAAUGUUCUUGGGUUGGAGAAGAAAAACGUUUCAACCAAGUGGAAUUCUUUGAUCGAAAGAACCCUAAACAAGAAAUCAAGAACAAACGACUUGGGCUUGAAGGCUACCAAAUCAAAUAGUGAGAGCAGCGAUUUGCAAGACGAUUUCCGAUGUCUCAUAAGCAAACGAAUGGUCGGUUUGCUAAUAUCGGUUUGGGUUCGUACGGAUCUUUAUCCACUUUUUCAAAACAGCAACGUAUCAUGCAUAGGCUGUGGCAUCAUGGGCUGCUUAGGAAACAAGGGUUCAGUGUCGGUUCGUUUUCAAUUACACCAGACAAGCUUUUGUUUCGUAUGUAGCCAUCUUGCAUCCGGAGGUGGAGAAGGCGAUGAACGAAAUAGAAAUACCGAUGCCACUGAAAUAUUUUCACGUACAAGUUUCCCGACAACUAAAGGGCCCAAAAGAAUACUAGAUCAUGAUCGGGUGGUUUUGCUUGGAGACUUGAAUUACCGGAUUUCGUUACUAGAAAAAGAAACAAGGUCAUUGGUGAAUAAAAAGGCUUGGAAUAGGCUUCUUGAACAUGAUCAGCUACGAAUGGAACUCAUGGAUGGUCAAUUUAGAGCAUGGCACGAAGGAACAAUCGAUUUUGCUCCUACUUAUAAAUAUCUUCCCAAUUCUGAUGAAUAUUUUGGCAAGAAUGAUGAAACAAAACGUGCUCCUGCAUGGUGUGACAGGAUAAUAUGGACUGGGGAUGAACUAAAGCAGAUACUAUAUGCUAGAGACGAAUCCAAAUUGUCUGAUCAUCGGCCAGUGAAGGCGAUAUUUUCUACCCAAGUUAAAGUCUUAAGAUAGAAUAUCAAAACCUUUGCAUUUCACAUAGGUUUGAUCAAGUCUCAACAAUUUUAAAAUUUUUAUAGUCAAGAAAAUACCAGACUAAAUGUGGCCGA